ACUGACUCCAUCGUCUCCGGCCAGGACCACCUGCGCGGACCUCCAGUGGACUGAACCGAGCCGAGCCGAACUUUGACGCCCAGCCGGGAGCCGGAGCUCUCAGCGGGGGUUCUGCAGCUGUCUGCCCGCCUGCAUGGAGCCACCGGGCGGCCCCGGGCGGAGGAUCUUCCUGCUGCAGCUUGUGGUGCUCUGCAUCUGCUUCAGACCGCGACACGCAGAGCGGGUGUGUUACUGCAGUGGGAAGUCUCUCUGUCACUGUGAAGGAGUCAAAGGCCAAAAGGGAGAACCUGGUUACAGCGGAUACCCCGGACUUCCUGGAAUCAUGGGUUACCCUGGAAAUGAGGGUAAUCAAGGCUUGAUUGGAGAAAAGGGUGAUCAAGGAGCAGCAGGAAGUCCAGGACUGAAAGGCUCCCGGGGUGCUCAAGGAAAAGCUGGUUUUCCAGGACUUCCAGGACUGCCAGGGCACCCUGGACAUGAAGGUCCACUGGGCCAACCGGGAGUUCCAGGAUGCAACGGGACAAAGGGGGAUGCUGGUUACCCAGGAUUCCCUGGGAUUCAAGGACCUUCUGGCCCAAAAGGCCGCGAGGGUCCACGAGGGAUGAAGGGACAGUCGUUUGUCUACCCUGAUACUCAGGAAAUUAAAGGAGCUGCAGGACCGCAAGGACCAAAUGGAGAAAAGGGGCAGAAUGGAGAUCCUGGGGAACCGGGCCUACCAGGACCACCAGGACCGGCUGGACGUCUUGGAGCUCCAGGGUUUCUAGGGUUACCAGGAGAAAAGGGUCAAGAAGGUCCCAGUCCCACAAGCUCGGGACCACAAGGACAAAAGGGAGAACAGGGACCUCCAGGGAUCCCUGGACAGAAAGGAAUCAAACUUUAUGCUGAAGGACCCAAAGAGUUGAAAGGAGAACCAGGUGAAACUGGGCAGAAGGGUUGUCCUGGACCUCCUGGUUUGCCAGGGAAACUCGGGAUAAAAGGAGACAAGGGAGACAGAGGGGACCCAGGAUCACUGGGUAAGCCAGGAAAACUGGGAUUCCCCGGAGAGCUCGGACAACAGGGAGACCCUGGGGAUCGUGGGUACCUCGGGCCUCCAGGUAUUGACGGAGUUUUGGGGGAGAAAGGCGAUCGAGGUCCUCCAGGUCUUCCAGGAGAAGCAGUUCCCAGCAUUAUAUACCUGAAGGGCCAAUAUGGUGUUCCUGGGCCCCGAGGACCCCAAGGACUCCCUGGAGAACAAGGACUCAUUGGUUUUCCUGGACUGAAUGGGGAGUCAGGUGUGGCCUUUGAUGGUCCACGGGGCCCUCAGGGACUCCCCGGUACCUCUGGUUUCAGAGGAGAACCAGGAGAGCCAGGGCCUUAUAUCAUCGGGCCCCCAGGACAGGAUGGGAUCCCGGGACGCCGUGGAGCUGAAGGAGAGCCUGGAGAACCAGGAAAACCUGACCUCCUGAAGGGACAAAUCGGUCCUGAUGGUUCAAAAGGCCAGCUGGGACCUUCUGGCUUCAGAGGGGAGUCGGGAGAAAAGGGUGAGAAGGGGGACGAGUGUGUGGUCUGUCCUUUCGUGUCCAGCUCCCCUGGACAACCAGGAGAUCCAGGAGAACCGGGUGAAUUCGGACUAGCCGGUUUAAGGGGCAUCACAGGACCUAACGGUGACAAAGGUAUCAAAGGUAUCAGAGGGACCCCUGGUCCACCGGGAUUCUUUGGUAUUCCUGGCCUUCCAGGACCCCCAGGUCUUCCUGGCGACCCCGGAGUCAUGCAGAGGGUGGGGCCAAAAGGUGAGGACGGGGCCCAGGGGCAGCCAGGACAAGUGGGAGUGCAGGGGAGUGAUGGAGCACCUGGAAAACCAGGACGUAAAGGUGUUCAAGGAGAAAAGGGAAACCCUGGGCUUCUGGGGCCAAAAGGUGACAAAGGCACACUUGGCAAACCCGGUCCCAGGGGCCUGACAGGUCAGAUGGGGCCUUCAGGACCACUUGGUGUUGGAGCUUCAGGAUCCCCAGGGCCUAAAGGUGAAGUGGGAUUUCGGGGACAACAAGGAGAACCUGGACCACCUGGUGAAAAAGGUGCUCCAGGAAUCAUCACAACCACUCCAGGAGAUCCAGGCCCGAAAGGAGACAAAGGUUUACCUGGAAACCCUGGACCUGAGGGUGUGACAGGAUAUCCAGGUUUUCAAGGGUUUGUUGGUCCACAGGGGGAGAGAGGAAUUAAUGGGUUAUCUAUCCAAGGCCCCCCAGGCUUCCCAGGGGUUAAAGGAAACAAGGGCCAUCCAGGAGCUCCAGGUUCAUCGAGUUUUGGCAUCAAGGGACGAGGAGGGCCAUCGGGAAGCCCGGGACUGCCGGGCACGAAGGGGAAUAAAGGGGAUGGUGUCCCAGGCCGGCAGGGUCAGCCGGGUCCUCCAGGAGAAGAUGGCUCUGUGGGACUACAAGGAAAUCCUGGACUUCCAGGACUGGUGGGAGUACCAGGAUCUACAGGACAAGAUGGUGUCCCAGGGCCCAAAGGUCUCAGUGGUCUGGAUGGUCUAUCUGGCCCUGUUGGCCUGACUGGAUUCUGUCUUCCUGGACCUAAUGGACCUACAGGAGAGCAAGGAUUCCGAGGCUUCCUUGGAUUCACAGGGGUCCGAGGCCCUAAGGGUUUGCAGGGAGAUCCAGGGUUGCCAGGCGUGGGAACCAGGGGUCUUCCAGGGCCAGAUGGGCCUAUGGGGUUUAGAGGACCUCCAGGGAUAGACGGAUAUGGUGGACCAAAGGGCCAAAGAGGGCUGGAUGGUAAUCCAGGGAGCCCAGGGAUCAGAGGGGACAAGGGUCUCCCGGGACAUCUUGGGAGUCCAGGAGAAGAUGGGAUACCAGGAGAAACUGGAGCACCGGGACCAACAGGUCAAACAGGAGCAGAUGGGGCCAGGGGUUCUCCGGGGCCUCCAGGGCCCCAGGGGGACAAAGGACAAACUGGACCAAAAGGGAUCCAGACAGACAUUGUGACCAUAGGGGAUCGUGGAGAACCUGGAAACCCAGGGGUCGCAGGUCUCUGUGGUGUGAAAGGAGAGGUGGGACCCCGCGGGAUACAGGGCCCGGAUGGCAAAAACGGUCAACCUGGAAGACCGGGACCACAAGGAUUUGAUGGAGACCCGGGCAGUGAUGGACUUAAAGGUCCUCCAGGAAUAACUGGGCCCCCUGGUGACAAAGGACGGAUAGGGAUGCCAGGUUGUAAAGGUGAGAAAGGUUCAGUGGGGGAAUGCGGGGUUCCUGGUGACCCUGGAAUACCAGGAAUAAACGGACCUAAAGGAAUUAAAGGGGAACCAAGCCCACCUGGACCAGGAUCCAAAGGAUGUCCAGGAGAGAAGGGGAUUCCAGGAUGUCAAGGACCUCCAGGUGCAAAAGGACCACCAGGAAAUCCUGGAAGAUUUGGUGAUGCAGGAAUCUGUGGCCCCUGUGGUCCUAAGGGACCCUCUGGACUACCAGGAUGCAGAGGUCCUCCUGGGCCUCCUGGUGUGAAGGGUUUUGAUGGUCCUCCAGGGAAAGAUGGACCCUGUGGAAUCCCCGGCCUCCCAGGUAAUGACGGCCCUCCUGGAGAUCCUGGUCCAGCUGGUCCAAGGGGAAACCAGGGACAGGAUGGGAUACCUGGACCUCCUGGAGAGAAAGGAUCCAUGGGAGGGACUGUAGUCGGCCCCUGGGGGCCUGAGGGAGAGAAAGGUCAACCAGGAUGUACAGGAGAGAAGGGGCCCCCUGGUCCCUGUGGCCCUCCUGGCCCAUGCGGUCCUCCAGGCGACCGUGGUUGCAAAGGUCCUCCUGGACCCCCUGGUCCUUCUGGCUGUCCAGGAAGAAAGGGAAUCUGCAUUGAUGGAAUUAAGGGGCAUGGAGGACCACCCGGACCACCAGGUCCUAAAGGUCCACCUGGCUGUAAAGGUCCUCCUGGACCUCCAGGUCCUGGUAAUAAAGGAGAAAAAGGAUGCAAAGGAGCAACAGGUCCACCGGGACCAACCGGCCCUCCUGGUGACCAUGGUUUAAAAGGCCUGCAGGGUGGAUGCGGACCCCCGGGACCUCCUGGACUAAAAGGACACAUGGGAGAAAUUGGUCCCACUGGACCAAAAGGUUUGGGGGGAAUGGAUGGACCACCAGGUGAUUCCGGCAAAAAAGGACCUCCAGGACCACCUGGGAGACAAGGAGAACAGGGGAGGGAUGGAACUGAAGAAGUGCGUCUGAUCCCUGGACACAAAGGUCCUCCUGGAGCAGUGGGGGAGGAGGGACUACCUGGGCCCCCAGGGGCCCGUGGAAGACCAGGAAAUAAAGGUAAAGAAGGUUCUGUUGGGGCUAAAGGGCAGAAAGGAAAUGUAGGUCUGAAAGGGAAGAAAGGGGAGAAAGGAGAGACGGGAGAACCGGGUCGACAAGGUCUUCAAGGUUCCCUUGGUUUCCCUGGAUCUAAAGGUUCAAAAGGUGCGAGAGGUGUUCGUGGUGAUAUGCCGAGCGUCAACGGCUUCCUGUUUACCAGGCACAGCCAGCAGCCGGUGCCCCCACCAUGCCCAGCGGGGUCGGUCCUGAUCCAGGAAGGAUACUCGCUGCUCUUCAUCAACGGCAACAGCCGAGCUCACGGACAAGAUUUGGGGACGUUGGGCAGCUGCCUCCCUCGCUUCAGCACCAUGCCCUUCUUGUACUGCUUCUCGCCACAAACCUGUAACUACGCCGCACGCAAUGACUACUCGUGCUGGCUGUCCACGGAUGAACCGGUGCCGGAAGGCGUUCCUCACAUCCCUGAAGAGCAGCUGGAGAGAAAAAUCAGCCGGUGUUCUGUAUGUGAGGCCACGGCUAACGUGAUCGCCAUCCACAGUCAGACCUCCAGACUUGCAACCUGCCCCUCUGGAUGGAGGCCACUUUGGUCUGGGUUCUCCUUUGUGAUGGAAACAGGUGUUGGGUCAGAGGGUUCAGGUCAGCCUCUAGUCUCACCUGGAUCCUGUUUAGAACAUUUCAGGAAGGUUCCUUUCGUGGAGUGCCAUGAACGAGGAACCUGCAACUACUACAGCGGCUCCUACAGCUUCUGGCUGGCAGCUCUGGACCCCAACAACAUGUUCAGCAAACCGAGGUCCUGGACCAUGUCUGAGGACUCCAGGGGGAUCAGUCGCUGCACGGUCUGCAUGAAGCAGAUCUGAGCAGCUACUGAGAACUGAUCCUCUGUCCUCACACCAGCACCGAUGGACGACCUAACAACACACCGUCUCAGGACACUCCUCCAGUCCCAGCUGCUGUUGCCAUGGAGAUGAAGAAUGUGGCGGAGAACUGAUUAAAAUCACUGGACAUGCUCACUGUUUGUUCUUUAGUGAGAUGCACCCCUGGAGUUGUAGUCGACUUUUCAUGUAUGAAACAUCAUCGUACCACCAGCUCGUCAGUGGACGAGGACUUGGAACAAUUUAUGGACACGAAGAAGAACAGAGCGGAGAUGGUGUGUUUUACAUUAGACCGUUCACUUCCUGGACCAAGGACCCAUUUCUGAUCACAAUGAAACUUUCUCUUUGUCUAUGAUAACAAUGUUUUUUCAAAUAAAUGACCUAAAACUUCUUUCAGCUACACACACACACACACACACACACACACACACACACACACACA